AUGUUAAGAAAACUUAUAAAUACUGAGUUUGAAUAGGAAUAUUAAGAUACUAAAAUUAAAGGAAUUGUAAUUUCAUCAAGCAAUUUUAGAAAAAGUAUGGAAUCUUCUAAUUUAAGUUAUGAACGUUGUUCAGAAAAUUGAAAAAAUUUAAUAAGACUAUUAAGCUGCUAUAGUACUUGAAGCCUAAUAUAGAAACUAUUCAGUCAACAUUUAUUGCCAUUGGAAGAUAAAGAAAAUGCUUUAAAUAUAAUAAUUGAAAAGUUUUUUAUAAAGAAGCUUUUAGACAUUUAAUUAAAUAAGAAAUAAACUAUCAAAUCAAUAAUCCUUACUUUGAUGAAGUAUUUAAAGACUUUUUAAAUAAUUUUUCAUUUUAACAAUACAGAGAAUAUUUUUAAUAAGAAUUAAUUAAGCUUUAAUUUAAAUUUGGAUUAAAAUUGUAUGAUUUACAAUUAACAAAUAAUAUUGAAUAUCCUGAGUUUCUUAUCAUGAAUAUAUCCUAAGAAUUUAUAAGGAAUGUUACAUAAUCUGAUGAUUCUUUUAAAAUCAAGAUGAAAAUAAUUUUGAGUACUUUGUUAGAUUAAUGUUAAGAUAUAGAAAAUGAAAAAUUGAAUAACAGGAAAAAUAUCAUUAGACUCUUAAUAAGAAGAUUUUGA